UGAAACAGUAAUGACGAUCGAUAAGAGUUGGAUUCGUAAAAACCGAACGUCCCCGAAAUUCUUGGAAGGUCUUAAAAACUUUAUGGAGAUUGCUAGGAAACAUGUUGACUCUGAAGACAAAAUGCCUUGUCCAUGCAUAAAGUGUGUGAAUAUGUAUCGACAGUUGUUGUGUACGGUUUAUGCCCACAUACAUGAACGUGGGUUUCUAAAAUCGUAUACUGUAUGACAUUAUCACUGUAAGAAACGUCUUGUUUCGGGUAUGGGCUACAAUUCGACUCCAAUAAACAUCCCAACAACUAAUGAGAUGUUUGAUGUAAUUGAUGCGUACUCUUCAGGUGAAGAAAUAAAUAAUGAAAACUAUGACAGUGAUGAUGAUGUUGUACAUGUAUAUUGUUCUAGUGAUGAAUCUGAUUGAUGAUGGCAGAAGUCGCGAGGGGACAUGAAGGAGACGGUGGGGAUAGACCUCCACACGGGAUCGCACGCGGUGUACCAUCGGGUUGUCAAUCUUCACAAGCGAAGAAUGUGAAUGCAAAUGUUGUCAGAUUGAUCUCAAAUUUGGUGGGAUCAAUGGUACCGUUGCAUUAUCAUACGUGGCAUCGUGUUCCUACCAAGUACAAAGAUGAUUUAUAUCUCGAGCUAGAAACUUAUUUUGAUCUUAAUAGAUCCUAUGCUCAACGACGUCAUUUAGAGGAUAAAAUGGGACUCAAGCCGCAACAUAUUGAGCGUUGGAGACAAAUGCGCUACAAAGAAGGUUCUGGUUGGUGUACAAAUCGAGCACAAGAAGAUUGGGAGAAAAUUUAAGAGGAAUAUGAGAAAAUGCAAAACGAGGUUGGGGAAGGCGGAGAAGUAGACGAGUUAGAAUGUUUAGAACGUGCCCUUGGGACGAGACGUGGGCAUGCUCGCGGGGUGGGUAGGAGACCAACCGCCAACUUCGGUUUAAUUCCAAAUGAACGGCCUUCCACUUUCAAAUCGUCCCAAUCACAACCCCAAUCUCAAUCCCAAUUUGAUGCACAACAAAUGCAAGAAUACUUGCAACAAUAUAAUGCAUCAUUCGCGGCAUGUAUUCCGAACUUCCAACCACCACCAUUUCCUAACUUUCUAUUCAACUCUAACACACAAGGAAGUACCUCUCAACAAUUUGCCGAAAGGAUGGAAGAAGAAGGGGAAGAAGAAGAAGAAGAA